GGGACCGGCACCGGCACCGGCACCGCCGUGAGGGACCGGCACCGGCACCGCCGUGAGGGACCGGCACCGCCGUGAGGCACCGGCACCGGCACCGGGAUCGGGACUGCACCGGCCGGGCUGGGGCGGCACCGCCGGGAGGGAGCGGGACCGGGCGAGGAGGAGGGAAUUAUGGCAGGAGUCCCCUGUGCCUUGAGAAGCAGAAUGACUGUCUUGCAUCUCUGUUUUGAGGAGAGGGCAUAGAAGCUCUGCUGCCACUGCACUCUCCCGAGCUGGAGAAGUAGAGGGCAAUAAACCUGUGGCAGUCGGGUCCAGCUGCUGCUGAGGGAGCAGGGGUUCUGUCCAAGCAGCUCCAUGAAGGCUGCUGAGCUACAGCUUGUGCCAUCCUGUCGUUCUGUGACUUCGUUUCUGGGCUGUGGGUGAUUCCACACCGACUGCUCUGUCCCCAGACUUCCUGCUGUGGAGGUCCCUGCCCCUCUCCUGCAGAGGUGCAGGAACUCCUGGCGGAACAGCGAGGUCAGAACAGGGAGCACGAUCCCAGCUAAAUACGUUCGUUCCCCAGCUCCUCGUGCUCUGCUCGCACUCGCUGGGAAGGUUCCUGCUGCCCUAAUCAUGUUACGGUGUUGCCCUCCAAGGUGCCCGGUGCCCCCUGGCUCGGGUGUCCGAUACCUGAUCACAGCCUGGGGUGUGCUGGGCCCUGCUUGGGGCUGGAUGCUCUGCUCAUGAGUUCUCUCUGCAUUGACUGGCUCAGCACCACUGGACUGGCUUUUAGUACCAGCCAGGCUCAGAGAUCCAGCGAGUCCUGGACUUUGCUCCUUGGAUAGCGUGAUCCUGUGCAGAGGAACUGUCUGAUUGUGCCACCCUAUUUCUACAGACAUUCCCGCCUCUCAGGUACUCAAACUUUUUCAAGUCCUUUUCCCCCUCUCCCUUGCUUAGAUUUCAGUGUGUAAUGGCGUUUUGCAGCAGUCUUUGAGGGAGUAUCUACUGCUGUUUGCAUUUUUAAUUCACGUUUCAGUUCAGGUUUUGGGCUUAAAAUGUCAGGGCUAAGUUGUCUUGCUGCUGUGACUGUUGAGUUCAGGGCUACACUGCGUCAUGUUGCCCAGGGCUGUGUCUGCUUAGCCGUGGAAUUUGAGUGGGGUGGAAUCAGCACAGUCUCCAUCAGCCGACCAGCCUUUUGUGCUCCCGAUGUUCACAGAUGGUGUUAGAGGGAGCAGUACAAAGGAAUUCCUAAAGGAAUAGCAGAAAGCAUCCUAAUAACCUUUUUUUUUUUAAUGGUUUAUAUGUGCUUCCUUGAGAUGCUGGUUACUGAUGCACAUUUGAGGGUUAAAACCCUGGCAGGAGAGUGUGAGGGAGGAAUCCUGAUGAGAACAGUGAGAGGUGGCUGGGAGCAGCGAAAUGCUGAGGACUGAAUUGUUCCCCUUGCCUGCAGCUCUUGCCUCAGUUCAGCUGGAACAGUGGGCAUCCAGGCAGUGGGAUGUGAUUGCCAGCUUAGCAUCAGGCAUGUUCUUUCAGCAGGCUGUUUCCUUUUCCUGCCUUUCAGUGGGCUAAAACAACUCAAGGCUACUUUGUGCACAGAAGCAUUUUAACACUGAGAUUUGGGAAGCUGUGGAAGCUUUUAACAGGGAGGACUUUGCCUAAUGAUUACAAAUAUAAUGUGGGAAGGGGGGGUAUGGGGAAGAAUCACCAUGUAAGCUUCCUAAGGCUCCUAAGUCAGGCUUCUUCUCCAGAAGUAUGAUUGAUUCUGGCUUUACAUCUCUGUUUUGUGCUUUAAUUAUUGCGAGUUGUUGGAGCUCUAAGUUGUUGGGAAGCUGCCCAGGGUGCUGCUGUGUGCUGGACACAGCCCUGGACUGGGACUGCAGAGACUUGUCUCUUCUGUCUCUGCCACCUACUAAACAAGAUAUUCUAUCUAAUAUAUCUCCUCUCCAUUUGUAAAAAGAGUUAAGGCUUCCAGUAAGGUCUGUAAAAAAUUGCUUAGAGUGUAUUGCGCUGUUUGGAUCUAAAAUUUUCCAAUUUCUGUCUGUUCCAGGUGCGUGGUGAAAAUGGUGCAGAAAUACCAGUCCCCAGUUCGAGUCUACAAAUACCCCUUUGAGCUCGUCAUGGCAGCGUACGAGAAGCGCUUCCCUACGUGCCCAGAGAUCCCAGUGUUCCUGGGGAGUGAAAUCCUGCACGAAUCCAGGAGCGAGGAUGGGGCUGUACACGUCAUUGAGCGGAGCUGCAAACUGAACGUGGACGCUCCCAGGCUGCUGAAGAAGAUUGCAGGGGUGGAGCAUGUCUUCUUCAUCCAGAGGAACACUGUGAACUGGAGGGAGCGAACCCUCCGCAUCGAGGCCCACAACGAGACCUUCGCCAACCGCGUCGUGGUGCGCGAGACCUGCAGCUACUCGGUUCACCCUGAGAACGAGGAGUGGACGUGCUUCGAGCAGUCGGCGUCUCUCGACAUCAAGUCCUUCUUUGGCUUCGAGAGCACAGUGGAGAAAAUUGCCAUGAAGCAGUACACCUCCAACAUCAAACGGGGCAAGGAGGUGAUUGAGCACUACCUGAAGGAGCUGAUCUCCCAGGGGAUCACAUUCAUCCCGCGCUGGAGCCCUCCGGCCGGGAGCGGGCAGGAUGAGCCAAGCCCGGCUCUGGAACAUGAGGCUGGUGACAUCCCACUGGAUUCUGGGGCUCCUGGAUCCCCCUGCCCUUCUGCAGAGGCUGCCAGCCCUGAUGCUGACAAACUGGACGCCGAUUACAUCGAGCGCUACCUGGGCCAGCUGACGCCGCUGCAGGAGAGCUGCCUGAUCCGCCUGCGCCAGUGGCUGCAGGAGACACACAAGGGCAAGAUCCCCAAGGACGAGCACAUCCUGCGGUUCCUGCGCGCUCGUGACUUCAACAUCGACAAGGCCCGCGAGAUGCUGUGCCAGUCGCUGGCGUGGCGCAAGCAGUACCAGGUGGAUUAUAUCCUGCAGUCCUGGAGGCCCCCUGCCCUCCUGCAGGAGUACUACACGGGGGGGUGGCACUACCAGGACAAAGAUGGACGGCCCCUCUACAUCCUCCGCCUCGGCCAGAUGGACACCAAGGGUUUGGUGAAAGCUCUGGGAGAGGAGUCCCUGCUGCGACACGUUCUGUCCAUUAACGAGGAAGGACAGAAGAGAUGUGAGGAAAAUACCAACAUCUUUGGCCGCCCCAUCACAUCCUGGACGUGCCUGGUGGACUUGGAAGGGCUCAACAUGCGUCACCUCUGGCGGCCUGGGGUGAAGGCCCUGCUCCGGAUCAUCGAGGUGGUGGAGGACAAUUACCCCGAAACCCUGGGCAGGCUCCUCAUCGUGAGAGCACCCCGGGUGUUCCCUGUGCUCUGGACCCUGGUCAGUCCCUUUAUCAAUGAGAACACACGGCAGAAGUUCCUCAUUUACAGUGGGAAUAACUACCAGGGCUCAGGAGGGCUGGUGGACUAUGUGGAUAAAGAGGUGAUCCCAGACUUCCUGGGAGGAGACUGCAUGUGCACUGUCCCAGAAGGUGGCCUGGUCCCCAAGUCACUGUACCAAACCGAGGACGAGCCAGAGAACGCUGAUCACAUCCGGCUGUGGACAGAAACCAUCUACCACUCUGCAAGUGUCCUCAGAGGAGCUCCACACGAGAUAGUCGUGGAGAUUCUGGAGGGGGAAUCCGUCAUCACCUGGGACUUCGACAUCCUGAAGGGGGACGUGGUGUUCAGCCUCUUCCACUCCAAACGAGCUCCCGAGCUGAGUCACAAGGAAUCCACGCUACCAGGUCCCUGUGCUGGGGACAACGUGCAGCUCAUCGACAGGACCUGGGUGCUGGGCGUGGAUUUCAGCCGUGUGGAAUCCCCGCUGGUCUGCCGGGAAGGGGAGAGCAUCCAGGGGUCGCACGUGACGCGCUGGCCGGGGUUUUACAUCCUGCAGUGGAAGAUGCACGGCCCGCCCCCCUGCUCCGGCUCCAGCCUGCCCCGCGUGGACGAUGUCCUGGCCUCCCUGCAGGGCUCCGGCCACAAGUGCAAGCUCAUCUACUUCUACGAGGUGUUGGCCUCCAAGGACUUCAGGGGAUCCAUGUCCAGCCUGGAAUCCUGCAACAGCGGCUUCUCCCAGCUGAGUGGAGUCACCACAUCCUCCAGCCAGUCCCAGAGCAGCUCCCACCUUUCCAGAUAGCAGAGCCAAGGCUGCAGGGAGAGACCACCUGGGGCUUCCCGGCCCCGGAGCUGCUCCGAGCCCCAACCAAAGAGCUCCAGGGCUGAGCCUGGGGCAGUUGUGUCGCAGCCAUUGGGACACAGAGAGGCCUCUGGGAGCUGCUCAAACCACGAGACCUGAAAUUCCAUUGGCACAUUUGGAGUCCUGCAGCAGCUGCCUGCUCCUCAAGAGUCCCUUUCACCACCUGUGGAUUUUGGAUGGGUGUCAGUUUGCAGGAAUCUCUCCAAAGGGCUUUUCCCAUCGGUCCUUUUCCCGUGUGAGGCAGAGGAGGAUGAUGUUGCCUUACCUGUUGGACCUUCAGAUUAUUCCUGGGUAGCAAAACUAAUGGAUUAAAAACCCAAAAACCCUGGGUGCCCCCAGGGUUCCACUGGACAGUCAAGUUGGGCAUUCCAGGGGCAGGGCCUUGGAAGGACACCUUGGUACAGGUAGGACAGUUCAGAAAUCACUUCCAGGUCAAACCAAAAACCUCUCCUGGUCUGGCAGGAUGUUACUGGGAAACGUGGUGGAUUUUUGUCACCCUGCUGAGACAAAGUCAAAACAGUUUUCUGCAAAAGUCCAGGCAGAGAAUCUGCCUCCAGCAAGUGGCAUCUUCCUAAAGGUAAACUACUGUUCCUUUCUCCUCAGGUUUACAGCAAUAAUGAGUAGGUCUGUCCCGUCCCUGAGUGGAUGGGAACUGAAUCUGAUUCUAAAGGGCUAAGCAAAGCAAUAUUUAAUUUCCUGAAGGCACAAGAUUUUCUGGCAGUAACUUGCUUACAGUUCUUACAGAACUUGCUUCGUUAAACCAUGAGCUCACUUGAAACCUUUCAAGAGGCCUGUGUGUAUGUAAGCACUUACUGAAGCCUAUUUAUUCAAUGCUAGCUUCUUUUAAAUUAAUUUUUAACUUAUUUAUAAUGUCAGAAAUGACUAUUUAUUAAAUCCAGCCGCCUUUUUUAAUGGGAUGAACUUUGUUUUUUAGAAAGGAAUAAGUGAUUGUCUUCAAUCCCAAGAAGUCUUUCUACUUAAAUCCCAAUCUUUGUGACCGCUGGAUGUUCUUGCAAAAGGGCUGCACCGUACAGAGCAUUGGGGUAAGGGCUGUGUCACCUUCCCUGCAAGGGAAAGGGAGAGUCCAGUGCUUUUUGGACUGUUUCUUAGGAUUAAGAAGCCAGGAUUGAGUUCAGGAGUUGUCAUGAAGAUUCACUGUCUUCCUGCACACCAAAAAUCCCGUGUUUGUCCCUCACCUCCACUGGCAGAUUGGGUGGUUGGGGAGUGACGUUAUCGCUGUUCUUGUCCGCAUGGCACCAGAAUGAGAACGGGUGUCAGAUACUCCCCAGGUUUUUAUUCAGGCUGAUGGAAUCUGGGGAGUCAUUCCUUCCCACCCUGCUCUUUUAAUUCCUGGUUUGGAAGCACCAGGUGCUGCCAAAGGAGCCCAACUAUUCCGAACAACGGGAGAUGACAACUUGAUGUGGUUUUGAGUUGUUUGGUGAUUUAUUUUUUUUUAAAGGAUUGGAGUCAAGGGAAUCACUCUCCCACCUUGUAGGGCUCAGGGAAGUUCUGAUUUCCAAGGAUUCUCUACUUGUUCCAUGGACUUUUAGCAUUUGUCCCAGACAAGUGAAACUUCUGCCUCGGGCAUUUCAGCAUCAAUGGAGUCAGAGUGUGGGACAAGGAUCGCCUUCCCUCUGGAAAAUCAGGAGUUCUGACAGUAAAAGUGCAUGUGUGUAUCCUUCCUGGAAAACCCUUUAUCCAUAAUUCAUUCUGAUGCUGGAAUUAGAGUUUCAACCAAUUCCCAAAGCCCCCAGGAGCAAACCCAGCCCGUCCUCCCUUGUGCUGGUUCAGGGUUUCAUCUUUUUUGGGGCUCAGUUUUUAACGUGGUUGUUCACGUCCCACACUGGCAUCGUUCCUGUUUCCUGUGGUUCCCCUGGUUUCCAAGGGUUAAGGAUCUCGUCCUUUGCACUGGGAUACUUUUAAAGUUUAUUUUGAAAUGUGGGAUGUGCUGUUUUCUGCCCACACGAAAAGUUUUGGGUGUUUUAACUCUUGUCAGUGAGUGGAACUUGGCACCCCUGGCAGGUCUCCGAAGGAGCCAGGGAGGCCUGAAGGGCUGGUCCCACGGAGUGUUCCCGGCUCCAGGGACAUCCCAAUCCUAGUUUUAUCCUCGUGUUCCUUGUCAGUGCUGCUUCUCUGCCCAUGAGAUCACGGCACAGGUGUGUUUGGGAAGCAGCCUGUGACCUCUCCCUUGGCAGAGCUGCCUGGGUUAUCCCACCUACUCCUUUACUUUGAAACCAAUUUGAAUAAUCCAGGAUUUUUUCCCUAUUUUUCCAGAAGGUUAACAGGAGAAAGGGAGCAACAGCCUGGAUGUUGUGGCUGGUGCUGUGCUUUUUAAACCUGACCUUGUGAACUGCAGAUACCAGAGACAGAAUCCUUCUACAUCACCUCUCUCCCCUCAAAUGACAUCAGUGUGCUUUAGGAAACAAAACCACGGUUUUGUUCAGAGCAGCACAGUGAGUCGAGGCUGGGAGGAGUCCUGGACCCUCUGGAUCCUCUCCUAAGGCAAAACCUUGGGAAAUGGCCUGUUCUGGGUGCUGACUGGUGAUGCAGCAAGGCCCUCCCCAGCAGCGAAGCCAGUGAGCUUGGGCUGUGUUCAGGUGGUUAAAAAUCAGCUCCCGGUAAAUUGGGGCUUUCCUGUUGCAGCUGUUCCAUAUGCAAACACAACACCUACCUCAGAGCUGUCCUGCAGGGGGCUGGGCCGUAGUUUACAGUUAAUUAUGGCCAGAGGUGAAACCUUUUUACUCUCGGUGAUUCCUCCAGGUUUGCCCCAUUCCCUGGGGUCUGUCCCAGCAGGACUGGGAAAGGCAAACAUGGAGCACGAGGAUGGAUGGUGGAUCGUUCAGUCCUGGGCCCUUCUGGCUGAACAUUCGCUGCCUCUCAGGUGUGAAAAGGGCUUUUUGCUGCUGCUGCAGCAGAGGAGGAGCCCCGGGAGCUCCAGCCCCGCUGCCGCAGCUGCCCGGGGCCAGGGGCCGGCUGUGCCCCGGCACUGAGCGCUCCCGCUCAGCACGGAGGCACCGCAGCACCUCUCAGCAGCUCCUCAGCUCCUGGACUCACUCACUUCUCCUUUGGGAAAGAGAAUUCCCAGCUGUGCCCAGGUGAGGGAGCCCGGAGUGAGCGCUGGGAGCGUUUGCUGUCACCCAGUUGGGGUCUGUCGGAUCCCUUUCAGGAACAGGGCAAAACCAACUUGGAAUAAGAAUUUCUAAUCCCAGUUUGGUUUGAAAAAGCCAUAAUCCACUCGUCCCAAAUCUGGACCGCUUCCUGAGCUCGGAAUUCCUGGUGGGAAGUGCUGAGCCCAGCUGUCCACCCUGCUGGGGUGGGAAG